AUGGCAACUAUAACGCUGGAAAAGACCAAUGUCCCGGUCAAGCUUCCCGAGGGCCUCUCGGAGGAGAAACUACUGGGAUUCUCACCCUUUAACAACUGGGUCGCGACCCUAACCCGAUCCCUCUCGCUCCAGCACACGCACCCCGCGCACCCCUUCCACGCGGACCCAUACUCGCUGCGGGCCAUCACGAUCCAGAGCUUCGACCUAUUCGGGCGGCCGCCGCGGCAGCGCCUCGGGUUCCUCAAGCUCGUAGCGGAGAUCACCAACGGCGCGGGCGCAUCGCUGCCGGGCGCCGUGUUCCUGCGGGGCCCGAGCGUCGCGAUACUCGUCGUGCUGGUGCCCGACGACGGGGAGGGGGAGCGGUACGUCGUGCUAACCGUGCAGCCGCGCAUCCCCGCCGGCAGCCUCGCGUUCGUCGAGCUGCCCGCGGGCAUGGUCGACGAGGGGGGCACGUUCGUGGGCGCCGCGGCGCAGGAGAUCAAGGAGGAGCUCGGGCUCGAGAUCCCGGCUUCGGAGCUGCGGUGUCUGAGCGACCUAGUUGCUACCACCACCGUUCCUACUGGCGGGAAAAUAGACGGAGUGGGAGUUGAAGGCGAUAGGAAAAAAGAAGAAGGUCAAGAUCAAAGUCAAGAUCAAGGCCAGGCCGACGAGAAUCUCCCGCUAGCCAUGUACCCUUCGCCCGGCGGGUGCGACGAACAUAUCCCCAUCUUCAUGUACGAGCGACGGGUGCCGCGCGAGACGCUUAAGGAAUGGAGCGGUAAGCUAACGGGGCUGAGGGACGAAGGGGAGAUGAUUACGCUCAAGCUGAUCCGAAUGAGGGAUCUGUGGAAAGAAGGGGCGCGCGAUGCAAAGUGCCUUGCUGCGGUGGCACUAUGGGAAGGUCUACGGAGGGAAGGGAAGAUAUGA